UUAUUAUAUAUAUAUACUUCGCUUCUAAGUUAUAGAUACAAAAACACGCCGCCUUCCUAUAAACCACUCAUUUUACAAAUUAUAUAUUCUUAACCGACCAAACAAACCAACCCUAUAUCUUUGAACAUUAUUAUUCCUUUGUUCCAUCCACUUCAAAACAUUGUUAUGCACUGUCGACACAACCCAACCACGGACUCAAUAAUCCAGCUUUACCACAGCCCACCCCUCUCCCCCAACCAAUGUGGCUCCAGCCUCUUUCAAGUGGUUCGCGCGCCUCUGGCUCUAGUCUGGUCUAUGGUCCGACGUUUCGACAACCCACAGGCUUACAAGCGGUUUUUGAAAAGCUGCACCAUCCGGCAAGGCGAUGGUGGGGUUGGGAGCGUUAGGGAGGUGGUGGUGGUGACAGGGAUGCCGGCUAACACGAGCGUGGAACGGCUGGAGAGGCUGGAUGACGAGGCACAUGUGAUGGUUUUUACGAUCAUUGGUGGGGAUCAUAAGCUGGCGAAUUACCGGUCGACGACGACGUUGCAUGAGAAUGGAGACGGGGGAGGGGAUACGGUGGUGGUGGAAUCGUAUGUGGUGGAUGUUCCUUACGGGAGUAGUAAAGAAGAUACUGUGUUGUUUGCUAAUACUAUUGUCACGUGUAAUCUCAGGUGGUUGGCACGUACGGUAGAGGAGCUUCUUUGAAAUGCGACUCUCCUUUUUUUUUUUUUUUUUUUUUUUUUUUUUUUUAUUUAUUUAAAAAUGUUGUAGUAUGCGUUGCUUUUAUGCCUACCCAGAAA